AUGCAGGAAAACUACGCAGCUCUGGCCUCGCUGGGGACAGCUGAGCUGCUCCCGCUUUCUGCUUUCCUGUCGCCUACGGAGCCUGAAGGAACCAUGGGAGGUGGAAGCCAUGUUGAUGAGGGGCAGGUGCCUCCUGGCCAGGGAGGCCCCAGGGGAGGACUGCCGAGGCGCAGCCUGCCCCUCUCUGCCCUGGUGCAGCUGGUGAGGGGGAUCCCAGAGUUCCUGUUCCGGGAGGUCCCCGAGAGUGAUGAGGCCAGCGCAAGGACAAGCCCAGCAGCAGAACCUGCCAGUGGACUGGAGUCUACAGCAAAGGAAGUCCCAGGGGCCAGUGAGCCCUGCGUACCCUCCUGCAGCCCUGACAAGGCGAAGAGCCGUUGGAACCAGGAGAGAGGGGCCCUAGGGUCAGGACUCUCUCCUGGGAGCAGCCCUUUGCAGGGUCUCAUCGACUGCCUGCGAGAAAUCCUGGUACCGGCUCCCCAGCACCCUGAAGAACCCCCAAGCAGACUGUGUCCCCACCCCCCACUGAGCAGCUGGAGGCUCAUGAAGCUGGAGCCAGCACCCAGGAGGCCCCCCUCGGAAGACUUCUGCUCCACGUUGUCUCUGAAGGACAGGCAUCAAUAUGCUGGCGUUGCAGGCAUCCGUGUCCUCUCUCUGAAGCUUCAUGGCUUUCUUAAGGAAAUGAAGGUGGAGGCAGCUCCAGCGGCCUGCGUGCUCCAGGGUGGGCCAGGCCAUCCGAAGAGAACCUUGGAGGCCUGCAACAGCCACGCCAGCCUCUCAGGAACAGGGCAGCCACCACAGCGGGAAGAGCCAGGGACCCGGGAGCGGGAUUCUGGAGCCAGCAGGGCCUCAAGCUCUCCCCUGGAGGCCCUGGAGGCCUGUCUGAAGGGCAUUCCCCUGAGUGGGCCCUCACCACCCCAGCCACCUACCACCUCUUGGUCCUGGAGCCCCCAGCAAGGACCUGUUUCUCCAAGACUGGAGCUGAGGCCCCAUGGGUCACACAGCACAGCCGCCAAGCCCUCCCCACUGCAUCACCUGGAGAACUCUCUGGAGGGGAUGCUUCCCAUGGAGCCCCUGCGCUUCAGCUGCCUGGCCAGCCCUAGCCCCAACCCGAGUCCCAGCAGCACAGAGGAGGACCAGAGGCUGGAGCCUGAGCCGGGACCCCUGCGUCUCCAGGGCCAUGUCAUGAGAUCCUCACAUCAGAGUGGCUCCGUGUCCAUGUCCAAGACCCGAAGCCACACCUCUCUGCUGUCUGCAGGGCUGGCUGGCAUGCCCCCGCGAACUACCCCACAACUCGAGGAACAGCUCAGGCCCUGCCAGCCUGCCGGGCCCACCCAGGGGCCUGGGGCCUGGAAGCACAGGGGCCUGGGCCCUGGACACAGCAGCCUACCUGUCACAGGUGAGGCGGUGGCUGGGUACACCUUGCUGGAGAUCUCUGGGGAAAGAAACGGUCUUCACCACCAACCAGCUCUGGGCAGCCCUCUAGCUCCAGCCAGCUCUGUAUCCCUGGCCUCGCCCGAGUCACCAGCCCUGGUCGCUGCCAUCCCCACCCGGCCACCGUGUCCCUGUAGGGACCUCCAGCGGGAGCUGUGCAGCCUUGGUGCCACCCUCUCGGGGAAGCUGGACUGGCUCGCCACCACUCUGGCCAGCCUAUCACAGGAUGUAGCCUCCAUGAAGGACCAGGUGAAUCGGCUAAGGCGGCAUUCGUCAGGCCACAGGCUGAAGGGCGGGGGCUCCUGGCCGAGGCCCAGUGGUUACAAGUGCCCACCAUACUGGAAGCCCCCAGGCCCCACCAGGCCCAGACCCAAGCUCCUGCGGGGCCCAGGGGAGGGCAGCUCCACAGGGCCCCCCAGGGGCCAGCGGCCACCUGCAGACACCUCGCCAGCCUCAGCUGCACCUUCAGGACCUACCUGUGGCUGUGCGGCCAGAACCCACCUCUCUCCAGUGCCUGCCAUUGUGUCCCCCCAGACUGCCCUCGUCCCUGAGGUGGCUGCAGAGGCAGGCCCCUCACCUGCAGUAACUACACCAGCCUCCAUCCUAACUCAGCGUGUGGACACAGGGGGAACCCAGGAGACCAAACCCAAGGGAGCCUGGGGAGAUGGGCAUGGAGACUCGAGGUGGGGGUCCCUGAGCUCUGCCCCAGUCCUGCGGAGGAUGCCACCACCAAGGGCGCCACCCCACACCUCCAUCCCAGCACCCAUGGAGCCCUUCUCAUCACCUUUCUGA